AAGAGGUUGAUUACAUAUUAUUACACACUACUCUCUACCGGAGGAGGAGGAGGGGGGUUUUUGUGGUUGGCUCUGAAAUCUAGGGUUUUGAAAAAGUUUUUGCGAAGCUCAGAGGUAGGCAAGGUAAUCUUGUAAUGGUAGGGUUGGUGGGAGAGGAGGCCUAAUGGAAAACCCAGACUCCGAUGAGCCAGACAAGAAGAGGCCUCAUUUGAACUCUGCUUCCUUCGCCAUGGCUCGUCACUCCUCCGCUUCUCCCGAUAACAAAACUGUUGAUGCUGCAGUGCUCCAGUAUCAGAAUCAAAAACUCGUUCAGCAGUUAGAUGUACAAAAGCAUGAGUUGCAUGACCUUGAAGCCAAAAUUAAAGAAUUAAAAGACCAGCAAGCUUCUUAUGAUAACAAGCUGAUUACUGUGAACCAACUCUGGAAUCAGUUGGUUGAUGAUUUAAUCCUACUUGGAGUGCGAGCUGGGGCACACCAAAAUGCUUUACAAACCUUGGAUCGUGUAGACCAUUCUCGAGGUUCAAUCCCAUCAUGUUCUGCGGAGGAAAUAUUUCUUUGUAGACUACUAGAAACAGAUUCAAUUGAAACAAGUCGAAGCGAUGGAUCCCUUAAAUAUAUUCAAGAAGCCCUUGAUAUACGCAUUUCGUCUACUCGGGAAUUGAUGAAAUUCUUGGAAGAUACCAUUAAUGCUCGGAGAGCUAAAAUUGAGAGCAUUGCUCAGGCUUGGCAUGGAAAUGCAUCUGCAGAAGAUGCUAUAAUCCAAUUGUCUAAAGUUGAUGAUUUGAUGAAAGAGGAGACUUCUUAUCUGAAUGAGGUGAUUGAUGUUCUUCACUUGAAGCAUAAAGACUAUGCUGAUGGGAUACAGGCUUAUAUUCAUAGCCAUUCAGUGGAUCAAUCUGAGAUACAUCGUCUUGCAGGUGAACUAGAAGAAAGCGUGGCAGAACUUGAAGAAAGUAGAAGAAAACUUGUUAAUCUGAAAAUGCAGAAAGAUGUGGCAUCUGGGGUACAUACUCCUGUUGUGGGUGCAGUAAACGGGAGCUUGUCACCUGAAAAAACUACAGAAAAGACAAUACAUUUACGGGAAUUGAAGGAUUCCAUUGAGGAAACUAAGAUACUGGCAGCAGACCGUCUUUCUGAGCUUCAAGAUGCACAGGAGGACAAUCUAACCCUGUCAAAACAGUUGCAAGAUCUUCAGGACGAACUGAAGGAUGAGAAAUAUGUCUAUUCUUCCCGUCUUUACACUUUGCUGAAUGAUCAGCUCCAACAUUGGAAUAAUCAAGUGGAACGUUAUAAAGGACUAACAGAUUCUCUGCAGGCUGACAGGUCGACUCUCGUCCGAAGGGAGAAGGAAUUUAAUAUUAAAAUAGAAUCCACUAGAUCUGUGAGGAAUGGCGUUGACAAUGCUGAGUCUGAGAUGAAAGAACUAGAGCUUCAACUGCAGAAGUGCAUUAUGGAAAAAAAUGAGCUAGAUAUUAAAAUGGAAGAAGCUGUCCAAGAUUCAGGUAGGAAAGAUAUUAAAGCAGAGUUUCAUGUGAUGGCAUCGGCUUUGUCUAAAGAAAUGGGAAUGAUGGAAGCUCAGCUGAACCGGUGGAAGGAAACAGCUCAUGAAGCCCUUUCCUUACGCGAAGAAGCCCAGACAUUGGAAGCUUUAUUGGGCGAAAAGACUAGUGAACAGACAAGCUUGGCAGAUAAAUGUGCUGAACACACAGCAGAGAUCAAAUCUCUAAAGGCACUUAUUGAGAAGAUGCAAAAGGAAAAAAUGGAACUGCAAAUCCUAUUAGAUAUGCUGGGGCAGCAAAUUUAUGACAACAGAGAUUUAAUGGAAAUCAAAGAAUCGGAACAGAGAGCUCGCUCACAGGCUGAACAUCUGAGAAAUGUUUUGGAUGAACAUGGCCUGGAAUUGAGAGUGAAAGCUGCUAAUGAAGCUGAAGCUGCCUGCCAACAAAGGCUUUCUGCUGCUGAAGCUGAAAUAGCUGAUUUAAGGGGUAAAUUGGAUGCUUCUGACAGGGAUGUUUUAGAGCUGAAGGAGGCUGUUAAAAUUAAAGAUGGUGAAUCGGAGGCUUAUAUUUCUGAAAUUGAGACUAUUGGUCAAGCAUAUGAAGAUAUGCAGACUCAGAACCAACAUUUGUUGCAGCAGGUGGCUGAAAGGGAUGAUUAUAAUAUCAAGCUGGUUUCUGAGAGUGUGAAGACAAAGCAGGCACAGAGCUUUCUACUAUCUGAGAAGCAGGAGUUAGCAAAGCAAUUCCAGCUGGUUAACACAACACUAGAAUCUCUGAAGUUGAGGAUUGCUGACAGUGAAGAGCAGUUUGGAACUCUGCAGAUGAAAGUUUGCAUCGAUGAAGCUCUAAAAUCUACUCAAGAAGAUAGACACCUUGCAGUCAACCUGGAAAAGGCAAAGUGGGAAUUGGCAGAUGCUGAGAAGGAAUUGAAGUGGCUGAAAUCCGCUGUUUCUUCUUCUGAGAAAGAAUGUGAGCAGAUACAGAGAAAGAUGGAUGAAAUCCAAAUGGAACUGGACAGUGAAAGGAGCGAGAGGAAGAAGCUUGAUGAAGAGCUCGUGGAAUUAAACAUGAAGGUUGCCAAGAUGAGUUCUGAAAAUGGGGAGGCUGCAAUACAGAAACUCCAGGAUGAAAUCAAGGAUUGCAAGGCUAUUCUCAAGUGUGGUGUGUGUUUUGAUCGGCCAAAGGAGGUUGUAAUAGUUAAGUGCUAUCAUCUAUUUUGUAAUCCCUGCAUUCAAAGAAAUCUAGAGAUCCGCCAUCGGAAGUGUCCUGGCUGUGGAACUGCAUUUGGGCAAAGUGAUGUCCGGUUCGUAAAGAUUUGAUUUGAGGCAGAGAGAGAGGCAUAUAUCUGUAUAGUUUCCAUUAGCUUUGGGUUUAUAUAGCUAGUGUUUGCAUCUAAUUGUGGGAGCCUGGAGCCCAAAUCCUUUGAAGUUGUGUCUAUUUCUUUGAUGUCUUCCGGGGUCAUGGUGUUCCAUGUGCACUAGGAAAAAACCCCCCCCAAAAAAAAAAAAAAUUGCAAAAAACCAAAAAACCAAAAAAAAAAGAAAGAAAGAAAUUUGUAUUAUUUUCUUGAUGAAGAAACUCAAAGACUGUUUGUAAAGCUUAUUGACUACAGUCUUGACAGGUGAAACUGAAGUGUUGACAAAGUCUAGUGUUUUACAGGUUUUUUUUUUUCACAGUGAA